GAUUAGAUUACGAGAUUACGUAACAAGGGAUAAGAAGCAACCCAACAAGUUUUGCUUUCUCUCCAAUUUUUUUCUUUUGUUAAAACCAAUGGCUUUUUCAGCUACGCCUUCUACUUGUUCUGCUCUUUCUCUGUCUCAGCUUCAAUCGUUCUCUAUCCUGUUCAAGCCAUACCCCUUUCUCUUCUUCCCUUCUUCUUCUUGUUUGAACCCGAAGAAACGCUUUCAAAGUUACAGCAGCAGUCGCUUUCGCCGUGUUCUUGCUACUUCAAAUGCUACGGUAAACUCAAGCAAUGGGGCAGUCAUUGCCGCUGAAGAUCCCUCUUCCUAUUCUUAUGGAAGACAGUACUUCCCUUUGGCUGCUGUUGUUGCCCAGGAUGCCGUUAAAACUGCACUUUUACUUGGGGCUAUUGAUCGUGAGAUUGGAGGGAUUGCUAUCUCGGGAAGGCGAGGAACAGCCAAGACAGUGAUGGCACGUGGGUUGCAUGCAAUUUUGCCACCCAUUGAUGUAGUUGUUGGUUCAAUAGCAAAUGCAGAUCCAGCCUGCCCAGAGGAGUGGGAAGAUGGUUUAGUUCAGCAAGCAGAAUAUGAUUCUGAUGGCAAUGUUAAAACUCAAGUUGUCAGAUCUCCUUUUGUUCAGAUUCCACUUGGAGUCACGGAGGACAGACUCAUUGGAUCUGUUGAUGUUGAGGAGUCUGUGAAAUCAGGAACAACUGUUUUUCAACCAGGCCUUCUGGCUGAAGCACACAGAGGUGUAUUAUAUGUCGAUGAAAUUAAUCUUCUUGAUGAGGGCAUUAGUAAUUUGCUUCUUAAUGUACUGACCGAAGGAGUUAAUAUUGUGGAAAGAGAGGGAAUCAGCUUCAAGCACCCUUGCAAACCUCUCUUGAUUGCUACUUAUAAUCCAGAAGAGGGUGCUGUACGAGAACAUUUAUUAGAUCGUAUUGCAAUUAACUUGAGUGCAGAUCUUCCAAUGAGUUUUGAAGAUCGUGUUGCAGCAGUUGGAAUUGCAACACAAUUUCAGGAAGCUAGCGAUGAAGUUUUUAAAAUGGUUGGGGAAGAAACAGAGUAUGCUAAGACUCAGAUCAUUUUAGCGAGAGAGUAUUUGAAGGAUGUUACAAUCAGCCGAGAACAAUUAAAGUACCUGGUUAUGGAAGCCCUUCGAGGUGGUUGCCAGGGACACAGAGCUGAGCUAUAUGCUGCUCGGGUUGCAAAAUGCUUGGCUGCUUUGGAAGGGCGUGAAAGAGUCACUGUGGAUGACCUGAAAAAAGCUGUGGAGCUUGUCAUCCUUCCUCGUUCCAUUAUAAAUGAGAACCCACCAGAUCAACAAAACCAACAGCCUCCACCUCCACCUCCACCUCCACAAAAUGAAGAAUCUGGGGAGGAGCAAAAUGAGGAGGAAGAUCAAGAGGAUGACAGUGAUCAAGAGAAUGAGCAACAGCAAGAGCAAAUACCUGAAGAAUUUAUUAUUGAUGCGGAAGGGGGUUUGGUGGAUGAGAAACUACUUUUCUUUGCACAACAAGCACAGAGGCGACGAGGGAAGGCUGGAAGAGCGAAGAAUGUUAUAUUCUCAGAGGAUAGAGGCCGAUAUAUUAAACCAAUGCUCCCGAAGGGUCCUGUGAAGAGACUAGCUGUUGAUGCAACACUUAGAGCUGCUGCACCAUAUCAAAAGUUGCGUAGGGAGAGAGACAUUCAAAAAACUAGGAAAGUUUUUGUGGAGAAAACUGACAUGAGGGCUAAAAGAAUGGCAAGAAAAGCAGGAGCAUUGGUAAUAUUUGUGGUUGAUGCAAGUGGGAGCAUGGCAUUGAACCGAAUGCAAAAUGCUAAAGGUGCUGCACUUAAGUUACUGGCUGAGAGUUAUACAAGCAGAGAUCAGGUCUCCAUUAUACCUUUCCGUGGAGAUGCUGCAGAAGUCCUUCUGCCUCCUUCCAGAUCAAUUGCAAUGGCAAGAAAACGUCUUGAGAGACUUCCAUGUGGUGGUGGCUCUCCCCUAGCUCAUGGUUUAAGCAUGGCUGUCAGGGUUGGGCUAAAUGCAGAGAAAAGUGGUGAUGUGGGACGUGUAAUGAUUGUUGCAAUAACCGAUGGCAGAGCCAACAUAUCACUGAAAAGAUCCACUGACCCAGAAGCUGCUACUUCCGAUGCCCCUAGACCAUCAGCACAAGAAUUGAAGGACGAGAUUCUUGAAGUGGCUGGGAAAAUAUACAAAGCAGGAAUGUCCCUUCUUGUCAUCGACACAGAAAACAAGUUUGUUUCCACUGGAUUUGCCAAGGAAAUUGCAAGAGUAGCUCAAGGGAAGUAUUAUUAUUUGCCAAAUGCUUCAGAUGUUGUAAUCUCGGCUACAACGAAGGAAGCACUAUCAGCUUUGAAAAGUUCAUGAUUCUGAAGUUUUUUCAUGAUGUUAAUAAUCAAACAAAACCAAAAUUGUGAGUUUCCUGCCAAAAUCAGAUCAAAACCCCUCGUCAAGAGCAUGUUUGGUCUGGUUUUUCUUAGUUUAAAAGUUUUUAUGAAAAAUAAUAAUUGUUAAAAUUAAAUUAAAAUUAUUUGAUAAAUUUAUUUUUAUAAUCUCUUUUUUAUA